GAGACUAGGGGAAGAGAGAAAGAAACUGAAGCAGCAGCAGAGAGAAAAACAAUGGAGGGAGGCGGAAGUGGCGGCGGCGGCGGCGUUAGGCUUCAUGUCGGAGGAUUAGGAGAAAGCGUCGGGAGAGACGAUCUUCUCAAGAUCUUCUCUCCCAUGGGCUUCGUCGAAGCUGUUGAAUUUGUCAGGACCAAAGGUCGCUCCUUUGCUUACAUCGACUUCUCUCCCGCCUCCGAGAACUCACUCACUAAGCUCUUCUCCACGUAUAAUGGAUGUAAGUGGAAAGGAGGGAAGCUGCGGCUGGAGAAAGCGAAAGAGCAUUACAUGGCUCGCUUGAAGAGGGAAUGGGCAGAGUCAGCUUCUGUUUCUGCUUCUUCUGAUGACACUGUUAAAGCUCCCGAGAAGUUAACUCCUUCCACUCACCUUAACAUCUUCUUUCCCAGACUCAGAAAGGUGAAAGCUAUGCCACUAAGUGGAACUGGCAAACAUAAGUAUAGCUUCCAGCGUGUUGCGGUGCCUUCUCUUCUUCCCAAGACCUUUUGCGAUUGUGAAGAGCACUCUGCUUCUCUCACUCCUCAGGAAACUCAUGCCCGUGAUGUGGAAGCGCUUAAUGUGGGGAUAAAUGAAGAAGAGGUGAAUAUUAUGAACUCCGUGAUGAAUAAGCUUCUUCAGAAAGACGACAUCGUCAUCAAUGAGAAAGAUGACAUCAUCGUAGAUACCAAAGAUAACAUUUUGAUCAAUGUGGUAUCUAAUGGGAAGGACAUGAUGGACGCAGAGCUGAGUAACUUGUCAAGAAAACGGAAAUCAAUGCUCGAUCAAACACCAGCAGAAGGAUGUACUGAGGGACAUAAGGGGAACAACAUUCAUCCAAACAAAAAGAGGCAAUCAAUCAUCCCAGAGGGAAGUGGAAGACAGGAAGCUUCACAGGCCAUACGUGAAAAGAAGAAACCUUCUGAAGUCGAUCCGGAUGAACCAAGCAGAACAACAGGCGUCAAGAAGUCGAAUGACAAUAUUUCCUGGUCCCAAAAGUCUUCCUGGAAGUCACUUGUGGCCAAUGGAAACAACAGUAAUUUUAGCGUAUCCAGUUUCUUGCCAGAUGUUAGCUCCAGUAAAGCAGUACAACCUGCAUCGGACACCGAUGUUGAAGGUUCAGACCACUCAGAGUCAGAGGAUACUGACGUUGUAGAUUCAGACCACUCAGAGUCAGAAGAUAAUGACGUUGAAGGUUCAGACUACUCAGAGUCGGAAGAUGCUGAUGUUGAAGGUCCAGACCACUCAGAGUCAGAAGAUAAUGGCGUUGUAGGUUCAGACCACCCUGAGUCAGAAGAUGAUGAUGUUGAAGGUUCAGAGCACCCAGAGUCAGAAGAUGCUGACGUUGAAGGUUCAGACCACUCAGAGUCAGAAGAUGCUGACGUUGAAGGUUCAGAGCACCCAGAGUCAGAAGAUGCUGACGUUGCUGACAUAGAUGUGGAUGCUGAGACAGUGGAACUUGCAGCAAGCACCGAGGGCGAUAGUGAGGAUGGAAGUUUGAACGUGGAAAAGGAUGAGAAUGUGGCAGAUGAUUUGAAUGCAGAAAAGGAAAGCUUAGUCUUGGAGGAUAGUGUGGAUCAUAAUGUGGACGAAGAAGAGACAGGGAAAGGACAAUUGGAAGCUAGUAAGAAGUCAGCAGGAGGUUCAUUAUGGCUUCAGAAGGCUUCUUGGACUCAGCUGGUUCGGGACCAGAAUGCUUCAUUCAGUAUUACUCAACUCUUCCCGAAUCUACCUCCUGAGAAGACCGAAGCAGAUAGAGUGAACAGCAGUGGAGAUGGCCAGUUCACCUAUUCUAACCAGAGUGGAAGUGCCAAUGGUGUUGAGGCUGCGGGAGUCCACGGGGCUAGUAGUAGUACCCCUCUGAGAAGUUUAAAGGAGAAUCAGCAGAUUGUGAAGGCUAAGAAUGUGAGUGGAGGAAGUAGAUUGGGUGUGAAGAGGCCGAUUAGGAGAGAGAUUGGAUCAGGGGAGAGUUGCGCUUUUAUGAGAAGCGAGACUUCUGUGAGUGAGUGGAAAAGGGCUAAGAAGGCAUUGAGCGAGCCAAGCAGAAAGAAGAAAAGUGAAGAAUGAGUUGGAUUGUAACAGAUCUAUAAGCUCUUCAAAUUAUGUAUUCCUCUGCGGUUUUUGUGUUAGUUAUACAUUUUGUUCUCUUUAUACAUUUUGUGCUCUUUAUUUAAGUUAUUCACGUUCACUGGUUU